AGUGCUCUUAGGAUUCCCCUUGUGGUGGCCACAGGAGAAGAAGGCCCUGCCCUGCAGCUCUUGCAUGUCACUUACCUGUGGAACCAAUACUCCAUCAGCCAAAGCUUUUACUCUUUUUAGUGAUCGGAAAUGACUGAGAAAUCAGAUAAAAAUAAUUCCACUCGAGAGAGACCCACAGAUCGAAGUUCUCCAGAGAAAAUCUGUCAAAUUGGACAGAAGCAAUUGCAACAAAUAGAAAGGCAGCUAAAAUGCUUGGCAUUUCAAAACCCUGGACCACAGGUAGCAGACUUCAACCCAGAAACAAGGCAGCAGAAGAAGAAAGCACGGAUGUCAAAGAUGAAUGAAUAUUUUUCUGUGAAACACAAAGUAAUGAAGAAGUAUGACAAAAGUGGCAGGCUAAUUUGUAAUGACGCUGACCUGUGUGACUGCCUAGAGAAGAACUGCCUGGGCUGCUUCUACCCCUGCCCCAAAUGUAACUCCAACAAGUGUGGGCCUGAGUGCCGCUGCAACCGACGGUGGGUUUAUGAUGCCAUUGUCACCGAAUCUGGAGAGGUCAUCAGCUCGCUGCCAUUUAAUGUUCCUGACUAGGAGCUGUUGAGCCCUUCUGGGAUGAUUUGUUUCUUCUUUUAAGUCAACCUUUUUAUUUUGGAUAAAUGUUGGGGUUUGGGAAAAAUGUUGGAAAAACAUCCUUAAGACUAGAGUUCUCUCCAGCUGCGGAAGAGUGUUCGCCGGGCAAUGAUUCUAUAAGCUUUGGUCUUCUCUCAUUUUUUAGCUUGGGAUGGAAGAAUGUGACAGUGGAUGGAUCACAAUCUCUCCCCAACACCCCCAUUUCUACACUGCCUUCAAAUUAAAAAUCUCUCCCUCUUUCUUCAUAUCUGAGAGCACACAGUUUUAAAGAUUUUCAGAACUCUGUUGCUGAGAGGCUUGUCUCACAUAGAUCAUAGAAUCAUAAAUUCGUCAUGUCUAGUUAUCCUUGUAAUCUUAGGCAUCACUAAUUCUAAAUCUGAAUUGCCAUUUGGACUAGAAGAAAAACAACCUCUGUGUCUUUUAACUGCGUACUCAUUUUUUAAAAAUUCAACAAUUAAAACUGAAUUUGGUAAUGCUUGGUAAUAUUAUUACACAUUUGCAUUUUAUUUGUAAAAUUGAAAAAUUAGGACUUGAAUAUUCUAAAAGUGGUGGUUUACAUUUUUAAUUCCAGAAUCAGUAUUUCAAGAUUUUUUUUUCCAGAGAGAGGAAAGUUGAGUUCAUAUAUGAAAAAAAAAAGUUUUUUGUAUGUGUUUCCAAGUAGUUAACGAGGGUGAUGUAGCCCUUUCAGUUCUAAUACAUCAUACUAUAGGAAGUUGAAUUCAACUUUCUUUGAGCUCAUUUUUUGACUAUCUUGUUAAUUCUGAGUCAGUGGUUCUCAUAUUUUCUGUGCAUCAGAAUCACCCAGAGAACUUGUUCAUCCAUAGAUUUUGCAGCCCCCCACCCCCACCCAGAGUUUCUGUUUCAUUCGGUCUGGGACAGGGUUCAAGAAUUUGCAUUUGUAAUAGGUCCCACAUGAUGUUGGUACAACUGAGAUUGGGACCACCCUUUGAGAAUCACUUCUCUAAGUUAUAUUAAAUACAUGAUGAAAGGAA